GCUGCAUACUACUGGUAGGACUAAAAAGGCACUCUUCCGUUUCGAAUGACAGUUCGUCUUUCAACUUUGGUCCCGAAGAUGUGCCCAUCUUCCGCUGGUUAGCAGUAAUUCUUGUUGCUGUUGGACUCUUUUUCACUGUCAUCUUUCAUAUAGCUGUUCGGGAUUCUGACCUUAUGGAUAGAAAUAGUAUCCGUAUCAAUGCUUCACCUGCCUGCAAUGAAUCUGCUACUGAAGGUAAACAUUAA